CCAUUUGCUCAGGAAUAAUGAAGGGUGUCGCGAACAUCUGGACUGUAGGAAGUCUCGUGCAUUCCGUUUGUCUCAGAGAUUAAGCGAUUCAUGCCAGCGCGCGGAAAAUGGCUUCUAUUGAUAAUAGUGAGUUUACGCAACAUGACGGCAGGAUGAAGAGGACGGCAAAACACCCGUGUGUGACCAACAUGACAGGGCUAUUACUUGCGCGUUUUAUCGUUUUGUCUUCACUUAACACCAAUGUUAUGCCGUUAUGCAGUUUAGGUAACCUUAGUACUAACCCUAAGUGUACUUGUAUGUCCCCCUACUCAAGGCGACAUGAACAUUUGCCGCUGGGGUGCCGCAGUUGGUGCUUUAGGUCCGUUCCUUUACAUCUGCGGUGGCAGUGAUGACGCGUCUCGACUGGAAACCGUGGAACGUUUUGACCCGUUCACAAACGUGUGGGUGCCGUCUGUUCCAAUGUCUUCAAGUCGCAAUGGUGUUGGUGUCACAGCCGGGAAUGGCAGGAUAUAUGCAAUAGGUACGGAAUGUGUAAUGCUCAACAGUGGUGAAAUUUUUGUUGUUAAAGGCGUUCAAUAUUUCACAGUAGAGCUGAACAAAGUAUUUUUUGGUCACGCCAGCACAGCUAUAUUUUGUUUAUUUUUUUCUUAUUUUGUCCGAUCGUUGAUCGUUCUGUCUGAUCGUUGCGCUGAGUUUCUGAACGCACUCUUCACAGGUGUAGAUCCUGGCAGGGGGAGGGGAGGGUGGCCUUUUUGGGGGGAACCAAUCAGAACUCAGGGCAGGUGAAGCUGGUGUUGAGCGCGGGAAGUCGCGUGCGACCAAGUCACGACUGAUUUUAAUGUUGCUUCUGAUUGGUUGAAAAAGUAGCGCGAGAUUGUUUCAGCCAAUCACAAGGCGCAGCUCAUUAUUAAAAUUGCUUUCGACAUUUCAUUGAAAUCUGGUUUAUUUCUUGAAUGUUGCAGGUGGUUUUGACGGUUCGAUGCCGUUAAAUACGGCUGAGUACUAUGACCCUAAGGUUGGCAAAUGGACGGAGAUUGCUCGAAUGAAUCAAUGUCGAUUUGGCGUGGGUUGUGCUGUACUGAAUGACAUGGUGUAUGCUGUUGGUGGCUCCGAUGGAACUAACCUUAAGACUGUGGAACGAUACGAUCCUGACACAAACACUUGGAAGAUGGUUGCUUCUAUGAGUACGGCAAGGUUUGUUCUCAAACUCAUUAAUAAUUGACGUGUCUGAGUUAUUUGAUGAACAAUUUCUCGUUUUUGCAUGGCAGAGGUUAUUUUUUUCUGGGGGAAGUUACACCACAAUCUUGAAAGAGUGUUUCAUACAAUAUCAAACACCUUGAAAUUUGUCGAAACAUUUUCUGCAACGCGUUGUGUUUACACGUGAUGAAACACCUUGUCUUACGUUGUUUGUAAUAAUUUUAAAUUGACGUAUGGCCGUGCGAUACAUUAAUUCCCAAUGUUGAAGACUCGGCAUAGUUUUUUUCAAAUCGUUGAGCCUUAUACUUCAUUACAGUAUCGAACCUAUUGCUGAGUAGAUACAUAGCUACGGUUGUAUUAAGAGCUCCUUUCCAGAUAUAGAAAUUAGAGACACAUCUGAAACUUUAUCGGUAAUAGAGAAAUUUACCAUCACGUUCACGCCUAACGGCCAACUGUUCAUCUACAAUUACUCAUUUUCCUCAAAACCCAUUGUUUUCUCUCUGCAUGACAUUCUCAAAUGCUGAGAGCAAAAUUAUGUAAAUCAGUCAAGUAUGUCAGAAAACUGUAAUGGCGGUGUUUCUGAAUAGCAAGAAGACUACUGCCAGCAUAAUAGUUAAAAUAAAUAUUGAUAUUCUGCAUAAUACAACGUCUUAACUUAGAGCUGACAAACAACAACAAAAAAAGUUUGUACCUUACACUCACGCUAGAUUUUUCAUGACGUAUUCCGUUCCUGCAAUUUCUUUCGUUAGUGUUUUCAUUAAUAUCUCCUGAACAAACACAAAAUGCACGCGGUUACAUACGACUGGUCAGCAAAUUUUACUCGAGGAGAAUAUGAGUUAAAACAGUUCAAAGCCAGUUCAAACUUGUUACCUUCACUUAGUUUCCUGACCAUUUUCCUGGUAGCUGCUACAAAAUAACCUCUCUGCAAAAUGAACAUGGCUUCAGACUAUGAGCUGCUUUCUCCCAGCAAAGUCUCAACCGCAGUAAACUCAUUCAGCACAAACUACUCGGACGUUAUCAUACAUUAUGUAAAUUUCUUGCUUGUGAAAAGACUUUCGUAUCGCAACUUCAUCCCCAAGCUCUCUCCCCCCUUUCCUCGGAGAAAGAGAGGUGGAAGAAAGGAGACUGAUUUGGGAGCGAUUAUGUUCGUUUUCAAAUGAUUAACCAAACACCCAACCCACUCAGCAUAUUCAACGGCAUGAAACCGACCUUGUUUCUGCGAUUGCUUAUUUCGGACAACAACGCCAGUAAAAGACCAGCAAAUAACACGCGAAUGUUUUCCUCUGCUCUUUAUUUGCUUCACUCUCCGCUAUCUGAAAGCUUGCAACAGGAUAAAACAUCACGAUUUGCAUCAUAAACAAGUAGCAUAACUAAUAUUUUCCCUUACAGGAAGCAAGUGGGCGUGGCCACGUUAGGGGGCUUUCUCUACGCCAUUGGGGGGUGCGACCACGGGCAUCGCUACGAUAGCGUGGAACGGUACGACCCAGGAAAGGACCAGUGGGUAAUUGUAUCACCUAUGAGUACCCCUCGAAGUGGGUGUGGUGUUGGAGUGUUAGACGGCUUUAUUUACGUAGUAGGAGGGUACGAUGGGACGUCGUAUUUGAGCUCAGUAGAAAGGUAAGCUGUAGUUGAUCUAGAAGCGAGUUGAAUUUUUUUUCGGUCAUUUGAAUAGUGUUCGUUGAUUAAUUUAUAGUAAGCAAAUGAGUUUCCUUGUACUGGUUUCUGAACAGUUUCUUAACAUACGAAGAACUGCACGCUUUUUAACAGCUUUCUCCGCAUUCUACAUCAUUAAAUAAGUUGGUAAAUCAAAUUUCGUGUUUCAUUCUUCAAUCGACGCCCUUUCACACUUUCAUUAGAAACCGAUAACUCGUUUCAUUUCUUGUCAUGUGUUUGUUACCAUGGCAAUCGUAGAAAUUCCUGUUAAAUCAGCGUGUUUACUUUAGUACAGUGAAAGAAGUGAAUCAACCCUUUCACUUCCCAAAGUGACUUAUGGAGUUUCAAGCUUGAAAGGUGGUUCUUACUUUUGAGUUUGUUGAUGAAAUCCUACGAUGUGACCAUUCAAAUGGAACCUCCUGCGCAGUACUAUCUACUUUUCAGCAUUUUACUAAAUGGAAUAAGGACAAUUGCACGAGGACGUCACUUUACUACAACCACUAGACAUCUUCAGUUCGUUGUCUUAUUGUGCAAAUUAAGGCUAUUGUUUUAAAACCCCAGCGAAAUUGACAAAUUUAAAUAACAAAGCAAAAACGAAAUGAAUUCUGGUAGUUGCAGUCAAAUGUCGUCAUAGUGUACCCUGGGUUCCAGAGGAUAUUUUUUUCUUAUCGAUACUCAGGGUAGUGAUAGUGAAAAUGGCCUGUUUGAACUUUUUGUGUAGGUAUGACCCAUUAUCUAACGAGUGGCAUCAAGCGCCUCCUCUCAGCCAACCGAGGGAUUGUGUAGCAGUUUGCGUGGCCAGUUCUAAAAGAACGUUUAACAAACGACUCCUGGACCCUUCAUCAGGCAGAACACCGGCUGUUUAGAGAAAUUACUACUGAAAGGAUCGAGGCAUUGAUCGUAAGGACGAGAUGAAAGAAAUUUCCACGACGUGUAUGAAGUGAGGAUAAGAGUUAUUUGCAUAAGAGUGAAGCAGAAAGGAAAAGAUCUUACAAAAACUGAUGGUGCCGAAUAGUAACACUGUGGCGUGAGGUGCAAGUUAACAGGUUUAGACUACAACUGCGCGGAAAUUUACAAUUGAAAGAAAGAAACCCUAUUUAAGAUCCGGUGUAAGCGCUGGCAUGACGCUGAAACCACGUGAUCAAAUGCACGUGAUCAGAUAACCAUGGCCUGGAGCGGAGCAGUGUCACGUGAUUGACAUUGGCACGUGUGACGUGCGUGUGUAAAAAGAAAAGUUUGUUCAAAACAUAACUUCUUUUAGGUUGUUUUCGUUAGGUAGGGAGUAACGGAAAAAAAAACACCGUUGAGUGAUUUAAAAAUGCUAAAGAGGAUUUAUGAACUACGAGCGUCACUGAUGAAAUAUAAAGAAGUUUCAAGUAAUUCACAAUUAGAAAACGAAAGUACUGAGAUGAAGUACUGUACUUGAACUACAUUGUUUAGUAGAAUAUUUAAGUUGUAUUAAAUCCAGAUACACGAAUUAAAACCGGAUAAAUAUUAUUUAAUUAUAGAAGAGAUCAUAAAAAAAACACUAUUAUUGUAAAUAUUGAAUUCAAGACAAUGUUAAGCAGACAACUGAUCCUAAAACUUAUCAGAUACCUCUUUAUCUCCUGCUACUCCUGGGUUUUGUCAGUAGAAUAAAGGGGGAAUUGGGUGUUCCUUCCAUCCCCCAGGUCCUCUUCCCGCCCCCUCGCCCUAACCCUUAACUUAAUAAAUCUUGCCUCCCUGGAAAGUAUAAUUUUCAUGGAAGCCGUUUUCGGAUAAAUUUCUAACAUCGAAUGUAACUUUAACAGAUGGGAUUCAGUUGUAAGACAUACUUAUGAAUAUUGUAUAAACAUCAAUAGCAAAAUAUAGCUACGAAAAUG